AUGGAUAGAGCUUCUCCCUCUCCUUCAUCUGAGGCUGCAGAUAUCCAAUUCUGGAUUGGUAUACCAAAUGGCUUUCGCAAGCGACCGGAGCAGGAGAGACUUGCACGGCUCGGAUGCUGCAUUCUUGAACAGGAAGGUUUCCGGGACAUGGGCUAUGGCUUAUCGAUAUGGCACAAGCUUCUGCCACAAUUGAGUACUGCAAUUCCCUCUGUCAACGCGGCAGCCGCAGCCUUUGGUGCCCUCUACGAGGCAAUAGUGUUAACAGGUGGAUCAUCCUCAAUAAGUAAGCGGAGAGCUGCACUGCAGUAUGGCAAUGCCAUUCGCCAUGUUCAGCAAGAUGUGGCACAUCAGCUCUAUGGACCAGUCCCACUACUUUUGGCAUGCGCGCUGUUAGGAUUUGCUGAGCUCCUUCGAUGUCGGCAAUACAAUGCCCUUAUGCAUUUGCAAGGAGCCCUGAGACUAUUACGUAGCCGAGAAGAAGUCUUGACAAAGGCAAAAGUUCUUGAUGCCGCAGAUCCUAAUAGAUCCAAUGCUCUUGAGGCUACUACUGCCACUCCUCUUGAAGACAAUCUCAGCCUUAUGUUCAUGACGCUAGACAUCCAGAAAGCAAGUUAUGCCUUGGGACAACCACCCGAGCUAAGCGUCUCACAUCUUCAGUGUCAGCCACACGUUUCGUCAAGUAUACGAAAUGUAAAUGAGGCUGCAACACAGCUGGUGCGGCUCAUUCACUCUUGCUAUCAUUUUACAGCGCACGCAUCACAAUUCAAAUACCUUUCCCGAGCUGCAAUUCCGUCAGAUCUCCUUCUUGAACAGGGUCGACACAUAGCAAACCUUUCCCUUUGGCUCGACAGCCUCAACCAAGAUUUUCUGCUCAAUCAGCCUGACUCGAGCCAUAAGCUGUUACCAGAAGACUACUGUCAUGCCCUUGUUCUUCGAACGCAGUGCCUGUCAACUCUUAUCUACCUCUCCACAGUACUCAGCGCGCACGAAUGUAGCUACGAUCUCCAUCGUCCACGAUUUCAAUCUAUCGUCCAAGAUGCAGCGGUAGUUCUCGCCCAGGGCUCCGGGACACCUUCUGCGCUCCGGCAAUUCCGUCCUUCUCCAGGCAUUGUUCAGCCACUCUUCUUCACUGCGACUAAGUACCGGCAUGGAGACUGGCGUCGGCAAGCCAUCGAUCUUCUUCGGCGAUCUGGCAGGGAAGGCCCUUUCGAUGGCAAAUUGCUCGCAGCGAUAGCAAGUAGGACCAUUACGAUUGAGGAGAGUACACAUCGACCACCCCUUACGGAGCGAAUUCUACCAGAACAUAUCACUGAGAGUGAUCGGGUGCACGGAACCGGCAUCCAUGUUGAAGCCAAGGAUGAUGAAGAGUCCGUCCCUUGCGCUACGGUCAUGUUCAGCCGUUGCAAAAAUGUGGAGGCUAUGCUCUGUGGAUCAGUAUCCUGGGAGCAUGAGCGCAAUUGGGAUAUGUGGAACGAGAUCAUUGAGCUAUGA